UGAACAUUUGUCAUGUGCCUUCACAUUCUUUCUUCAUGGGGAAAGCAAUGUGUGCACAAGUGUGGAGAUUGCUCAACACCAGCCAAUCUACCUGAUCAACGAGGAGCAUAUCCAUAUGGCCCAGUCCUCGCCGUCGCCCUUCCAAGUUUUGGUGAGUCCUUAUGGUUUAAACGGUACACUCACGGGCCAGUCGUAUAAGAUGUCAGACCCAGCGACUCGGAAAUUGAUGGAGGAAUGGCAGUAUUUUUACCCUAUGGUGCUGAAGAAAAAAGAAGGGAUGAAAGAGGAAGAAGAGCUGGGUUACGACAAUGAUUUCCCUGUGGCAGUUGAAGUCAUUGUUGGUGGUGUAAGGAUGGUAUAUCCUUCAGCCUUUGUUCUCAUCUCCCAGAGUGACAUCCCCGUGUCACAGAACACUGCCAAUACUGGAGGCCAUAUAAAUGUGGGACAGCAGGGGCUCGGAAGUGUGAAAGAUCCUGCUAGUACCUGUGGAAUGCCACUCACUCCACCCACCUCUCCAGAGCAAGCAGUCAUGGGUAAGCAAUAA